CCUCCGCUCCCUCCCGUCCUCCCCAGGCCCGCGCCUCCACGCCCUCCCCCCCACGCCCUCCCUCGCCCUCGCUGCCCACGUGGGUUAAUUAUACACUUUCUGUUUCUCUCCGCCGUCCUCUCCCGCUGUGAGCCUGCCCGCCUCUCGCUGUCCUCUCUCCGUCUCGCCCGCUCUUCGGCCCCCCCCGUUUCUCGUUCCGACUGUCUCUCCGACUAUCUCUGCCCCCCGUCUAUCCUUGGUACAACGGCUGACCUCAUUUCCCGACACCCUUUCCCCCCCUAAAAGUACAACAUCUGGCCCGCCCCGGCCCGAGACAGCCCUCCCUCCCUAAACGAUCAGAAGAGCGUCCCUCCCCCCCGAAAAAGCCAUCCCCCCGUUCGGCCCCGUCGCACAUUCGGCCCCCGCGACCCGGCUUGAGCGGCGCUGGCAGAGGAGUGCCGGCAGGAGGGCCAACGCCCGCUGUCUGGUUUGCGAACAUUUAACGCAGCAGGGAGGCGGGCGGCGGCGGCGCGGCUUCCAGAUUCCGAUGGGGGUCCCGAUGGGGAAGUCGAUGCUGGCGUUGCUCACCUUCUUGGCCAUGGCCUCGUGCUGCUUUGCUGCUUACCGCCCCAGUGAGACCCUGUGUGGCGGGGAGCUGGUGGACACCCUGCAGUUCGUCUGCGGGGACCGCGGCUUCUACUUCAGCAGGCCCGCGAGCCGCGUGAGCCGCCGCAGCCGUGGCAUCGUGGAGGAGUGCUGCUUCCGCAGCUGCGACCUGGCUCUUCUGGAAACAUACUGCGCCACCCCCGCCAAGUCCGAGAGGGACGUGUCGACCCCUCCGACCGUGCUUCCGGUAAGACCCCCCGUCCUGCAGGGGGAUCGUGCCUUGGGGGGUCCCCAAGGGACACGUCGACCCCUUGGACCAUGUUUCCGGACAACUUCCCCAGAUACCCCGUGGGCCAAUUUUUCCAGUACGACAGCUGGAAGCAGUCCGCUCAGCGUCUGCGCAGAGGACUGCCUGCCCUCCUGCGCGCCCGCCGAGGCCGUCUGCUUGCCAAGGAGCUGGAAGCGUUCAGGGAGGCACAACGCCAUCGUGCCCUGACCACCUUCCCUACGCAGGACCCCGCCGCCCACGGGGCCGCCUCGCCCGAGGCGUCCGACCACCAGAAAUGAGCCAAAUUGUCGUAAUUCUGCGAGGUGACAUCGUCCUCUCGGCGCUCCUCUUGCCGGGGACCCGACCACCAGGUCCCCCUCCGAAACCUCCCUGUCCCUGGCCUGCCCAGGUCCUCCCCUGACCAGCCCCUGGGCCCCGACCUCCCCAUGUCAGGCUCCUGUCAACCCCAGCCCCCUCGAGGGGCUGUGAAUCGGCGUUAACAUCUUCAAAGCAAAUAUAACUGAUUGGCUUUCGACAUCCCCCAGUCACUGCCCCCCAAACACGCCCCAAAACUCAGAGCGUGAGCCCCAAAUAGUGCAGCCCCCUUAAAACUCACUGGCUUCUUAAAAACACCAGAAAGGCCAGUUGUUCCCCCCAAAAAACAAACCCAAACCCCUCAAUUGGCUAAAACAUUAAAAAAAAUGAAUUGGCUAAAAUAUUAAAAACUUGAAUUGGCUAAAAUAUUAAAAACUUGAAUUGGCUAAAAUAUUAAAAACUUGAAUUGGCUAAAAAUAAAUUGGCAAAAUAAAGCGAUUCGGCACCCCCCCCUUCUUCUCUCUCCCUCCCCACUGGAGUCAAUUGGCUUAGACUCUAGCCCCGCCCCCACCCCCCGAGAGAAGAAGGACCCCAAACAUCCUCAGCCACGUCCUCGCUGCUGUCAGCCGCCCCGCUCCCGGCCAGCCCGUCCUGGGAAAGCACCGGGGUCACCACCACCGACCUGCUCAGGUGGGACCCAGGACCCCCGAGAGGGAGCCAGACCCUGAGCACCGAGACUCGCCCACAUCAGGUCUGAUUGGCACGUCCGCACCCCUGCGGCCAGCUCCAAAGCACACCCCACAUUCUGUCAUUGGCCCCACUUGAAAACGCACACAGCACAUGCACCCCCCCACAUGCACACACACGCACACAUCACACACUCAUCCACACACACACAGCCCCCCACCCCUACGCACUCACACACACGCACACACUCACGGAGGCGACCCUACUCGCCGAGCCACCAGCCCCUCAGGGGAGCAGCCCCGUCCCACCCCAAAUUUCUCUCUCCACACAGCGAGUUGAGGUCUCAGGUCUGAGCCCCCUCCUGUCCCCGGGAUGCGCCCUCAGGGGGAGGCGGGGCCCGACCAGGCCAGUUCCAGCUUUCCGAGAAAGGGAGAAAGGGACCCCCCUCGGCGCCUGCCGUGCCCCCCACCGCCCCCGGCACCGCCCACCGUGCCCAGAGGGCAGAGACGGCGUCAGCAGCGAGGACUCAGGAGCCCGGCCCCCUAUUGUGCCCUCCCAGAAAGAUCUGGGGGACCCCCGCCCCUGGAGGGCACCUAGGGACCACCUUUACCAGCCCCCUGGAGGCCUCUGCCCCCCACAGGGGCCCCCCGAGGCUGGCAAAGGUGGUGGGGAGUGUGGGAAGUCUGGCGGUUGGAGGGGUGGGUGGGGGGCAGUGGGGGCCGGGCGGGGACCCCUGAGCAGCCUGGGGCCAGCGAGGUUUCGGACUAAAGGCCGGAGCGGCGGGAGAGCCGCAGGAUUACCAUCGCGAUCAGGAACCCAAAUUCUUCACGUCAAUUGAUCUAUCUCCCCUCUUUCGUGCUCCUGGGGCUUCUUUCCUUUUUUUUUUUGAUCCCCCCUAAGCUUGUUACGCGCUCAGACCCCAAAUUGAAAGCCCGCCCCGUAACAGGGGGCAGUGACCAAGGGCCCGCGCACUCACCACCAUGGCCACCAUCCUGCCCCCGCCAUCUAUUCGCCCUGAUUUGGCCGCACUGUCCCUGUCGCUUGGCGUGAGCCGGGAGUGGAGGCCCCGCGAGCGUGGCCACAGCGCCCGUGGGGCAGCGGGGAGAGGGGGCCGCGGCCGGCCUGGCCUCUGGGCACAGCGGUUGGUGCCCAGAGGUCCUGAGGGGCGGAGGAGGGGGCCGGGCGGCGCCCCCCGUGCUGUAGGAAGGUGCUCGGAGGCCACCAGGAUGGGCCCCCGGCUGGCUCGCGCCGGCCGGGGGGGAAGGGGCGAGGUGUGAGCUGAAGGGCCCCACCCGGCGGGAGCAGGUGGUCGCCUUCCACACACGGGGGGCCCGUCCCCCCCCCAGGGAAACCUUUCCCGCUUCCUCAGCGCCCCCCUUGUCUCCAGGAAGUCCUAGCUCGGUGGGCUUCCUGGACCAAGGUGGGGUGAGGUUGUGCCGUCGGGGAGGCCAGGAGUUAGAGCCCACAGAGCCGAGAGCUGCGUGCCCACCGCCGGGCCGCCGGACCCCGAGGACCCCACGCUGGGUGCCGACCAGCCGCCUCUUGGCACCUCGGGCGCUGGCAGGGAGCCGGGCGGCUGGGGGUUUACCUCACCCCCACCUGUGCUCCCAGUGCAGCCCCCCUGCCACGCAGCCCGACUGGUCUAGCAGCGCGAGGCCCGGGGACCCCGGCGCCGUGGCUGGCAGGACCCUGGGGGCGGUCCUUGCCGCCCGCCCGAAGCACAGAGACCCGGCAGGCGCCCGAACGGGCCAUUCGGACCAUUGGCGAAGCCCAAAGACCCAAAGUCCCCAUUGGAGAACCCGGAUUGGCCGUGACCCAAGACAGACUCGGAGGCACCCCAAAUUGCCCGCCCGUUCGGCCGGCCGCCCUCCCCAGUGUUAGCCUGCCUCCGGGAGGGCGCGCCUGGCGUGCCCCGGGGACUCUGUGCCACCCGAGCAGCUCUCCUGGUGGCGACCAUCCCACCAGGCCACCCUGGCCUCCCGAGCCCCGCUUGUGGCCCUCCAUCUCUCCUCUUCCCCGCCCGUCUUCAGCGGGACCCCCUCUCAGGUCCCUCCCGUGCCAUCUCCUGAAGACCCCCACGCGCCGACCCCCUGUCAUCUGCCGUGUCCCGGCCCGUGUCGGCCCCGACCCACCGCCGUAACAUGCUGUUUUCUGACAGAGCUCUCUGGGCCUGUCUCUAACCAAACGCUCGCAAUCCCAAUAAAGCAUUCAAAUGUC